UGUAGGUGCUGGAGGGCCAGAGUAUUCGUGACAAUCCUCCUCAGAGCAGAGAUCUCUAAAAACAAAGCAGCAAUGGGACUUGACAAAAUGGAAAUGGAAGACACAGACUCCACUCUCAUGGAGAAGGGCCAGAAGACACCCGUGCCCAGACCUCCCAACAAAUAUGAGACUCUGUUCCAGCCCUGCCUGGCCGAGAUGGUGGGGACCAUGUUCUUCGUUUUUGUGGGCUGCGUGUCCGUCAUCGAGAACGUGCCGGCGGCUGGGCGGCUGCAGCCGGCCCUGGUGCACGGACUGGCUGUGGCGGUGAUGGUGGCGGUCAUGGAUAACAUCAGCGGCUCCCAUUUCAACCCUCCCUUCACCAUUGCUAUCUACCUGUGUGGCGGCAUGAAGCUGAUCAUGGUGGGACCCUACCUGGUCUGCCAGCUGAUUGGAGGAGUGCUGGGAGCUGGAAUGGCCAAGAUAAUGACCCCGACAGACCGCUACUUAAACGCCACAGGAGCAGCGUUCGAUAUCCUCAAGUCAGACAGCCAGCUGACCGGAGCCAUCUUCGGAGAGGUGGCCAUGACCUGCUUGAUCACCAUGGUGGUGCUGCUGGUGGCGGUCAACAGCAAGACGAAAACCCCGCUGGCUCCGUUCCUGGUGGGCUGCACCGUCAUCAUCAACGUCCUGGCGGGGGGUGACGUAUCAGGAACGUGUCUGAACCCGGCUCGGGCUUUCGGGCCAGCUGUGAUGACCAACUACUGGUCCUACCACUGGGUUUACUGGGUGGGACCCAUCGGGGGAGGUCUGGUGGCCGCUGCGUUACUCAGGCUCAUUCUGGGUGAUGAUAAAAUACGAGUCGUUCUGAAAUCAUAAGAGCCUCUAUUGUGUGUGUUUAUUGGCGUGCAGGCGACAAUAAACCUGUAAACAUUGUCCGUCAGUAGAUCCUCUUGACUGCAUGCCAUGAUGACAUGCAGUCACUUUGAUGCUGAACUCUUCUCUUCUUCCAUGUCAAGCUGUGCAUUUUUUUUUUCCAAUAUGAAAUA